AUGACUUCAAGAGAAACUUUAAUAUCAUAUAAAUUAAAACAUCGUUCACCGGAAUAUGUCGCCGGUUUUCUUUCAUCAGCAACGAAUAUUAUUCUUACUUAUCCUUUAAAUAAAUUAAUUUUUCGACAACAAAUUUAUCGUCUUAAAACGAAUGAUGCAUAUCAACAAUUAAAAUUCGAAGGUUUAACGAUCUUAUAUCGUGGUAUACCAUUACCAUUAUUACAAAAAACACUUUCAUUAAGUAUUAUGUUUGGUACUAAUUCACAUUAUUUACAUAUAUUUCAAUCAUUUUCAAAAGAAGACCAUUGGUAUCAUCAACCAUUUGCAUCGGCAUUAGCUGGUGUAACCGAAGCUAUAUUUACACCAUUAGAACGAACACAAGUUUUAUUACAAACACAAAAAUAUAAUCAUUUAAUUCGUAAUGGUUAUCAUGCAUUUGUUUUAAUGUAUAAACAUUAUGGUAUUAUAGAAUAUUAUCGUGGUUUAACACUUAUAUUAAUACGUAAUAGUAUUUCAAAUGUAAUAUUUUUUGCUUGUCGACAACCAAUUAAAGAUAUGUUACCAACUGCAUCAAGAGAUAUUCAACAUCCAUUAUAUGAUUUUAUAAGUGGUGGUUUAUUAGGUGCAUUAUUAUCAACAUUUAUUUAUCCAUUAAAUGUUUUAAAAAAUGUUCAACAAUCGGAACUUGGUGGUAGAUAUGAUCGGCCAUUAAAAAUAUUUCAGUCCGUUUAUAAACAACGUGGAAAUUCAAUAAAAGAAUUUUAUAUUGGUGCUAAAUGGAAUUUUGUUCGUAGUCUUAUAUCAUGGGGAAUUAUUAAUAGUACAUAUGAAUAUUAUUUAACAAUUCUAAGAAAAUCUAUUCUUGAUAAUGAUUAA